AUGUGUCUCACAUAUUUAACUACCAAUAAACCAGAUCUUCUAUUUGUAAAGCAAGAUGAUGAUAUAAUUCAAGAGGAAUCACUUGAUAAAAAUCAAAUUGUAGAACAAGGUCUAAUACAUGAAUUAUGUGUACCUAUAUCACCUAAAGAGGUCUCAAAUAGACAAGAUAAUAUCAAAAUCAUCAGUCCUUACGUUAGUUUAGAGAAUAUGAUUUUGGGUUUUGCUUAA